AUGUACAAAGAUGGAGACUUGGAAGAUCCUUUGAAAGGAAGAGGCUCUAACGUAGCCAAGCAGUUGAUUUCUAGAAAUAUUAUAGGAGGAGUGUCCGAUCCCGAGUUGAAAAGCUAUUUAAUUGGCUCGCAGAAAUUCAAUUCCCAAAAGUAUUUGACCACAGUGCAUAGGGAUACUUCAAUCGACGAAUUGACUUCGUCAUUGGGAUUUCUUGAACAGAGUAUUCAGAGUCAGACUAAUGAGUUAAAAGGUGUAAUCGAUGCCAAUUUCAUAAAGUUCAUCAACUGUAAAAAGGCAAUUGACACCGUAUUGGUAGAUUUCAAGAAUCUGAAAACAAGAGCUCAGCAAGAUAGAGAAAAUGCAACAGUGUUCAAUCCGCAAAGACACAGAAACACAGCCAAACAGGAAACGCUCUCUUCUGAAUUGGAGGAGGCCGUUAAAAACCUCAACAUGGCUACAGCAUUAAUGAUCAGACCUAUUCAAGAGAAUAAAAAUAGAGAGAACAAGUUGAACAAAUUGAUAGAAUUCGUCAAAGCACACCCGUUUUUCUUCGAUUUGCCCAAUAAGCUUCUUAAGUAUCUUUCCAUACAUGAUCACGACAGCUUUAUCGAUGAUUAUAAUAAGUAUUUGGGUGAGAAGGAGAGCAUGUUAAAUUUGAAUAAAUCUAAGUAUAAUGCCGAUUUGGCUCGUUUGACCAAAGAGAAAGAUGAAGAAGGCAUCAGAAACUUGGACCAAGAAUACCAAUUAUACAAUACAGCGCUUUCUAAAGUGUUCGAGGAAAUUGAUUCCAUUACUGAACAAUUCCGCGCGAAGACAUACAAAGAGUUGCUAUCCAUGGAUUACGAGGUUCCAUUGAAUGGAAGAUCAAAGUCCACUUCAACCUCUAAGUUUACCUCCUUGGUUGACAAGUUAUACAAAUUGGAUAGCUCCAUGAGCUUAUCAGAUAACAAUCCUAUCUCCAAAUUUCUUUCUACCCAAUUGGAGUCCAUCAACACAGAGUUGGAACAUCAAAUAGCCAAAUAUGAUACAAGAUUUAGAAUGAUGCAAAGAAAACUCCAGGAUUACAUUAGCACCUUGGCUGAUGCCAGAAAGAACGGUUCUCAUGUUAGAUAUAUCAGCGAGAAAUACAACAGCACGAAGACAGAUUUGAUGGUGUCCAAGACUAAGAGCAACGAGGAGAAGGAAAAGUUAGUCUUUGACGUUUUUGACAGUGGAGACAAUUUAGAUUUAUCAUUAGUGAAUGAGACUUGGUUAGUUCUCCUCAACCUCAUGAACUUUUUAGAAGAUUUAUUUUCGAAGAACUUAACCAAAUUUGUCAACAACUACAGACACUACUACCAGUUCAAUGUUGACCCACAGGGAACUAUUAGAGACUCCUUUGUUAAUAUCGUGAACAAGGUGGCGCUUGUAUUGGUUACUUUGUUUGAAAACGAGUCGUCAGCCGAAGCUAGCCAAUUAGAAGCACAACCAAAAGACUACGAAUUAUUUUUGCCCCACUAUGCAAAUUCAAUGUCUUCAGUUUUCUAUUUGUCGAGUGUGAACCAGAAGUUAAAUCAUCUUUUCACUCAUUUAGGAGAACUUUCAGGGCUAGUCGGCAAUACUUCCAAGUUUGCGGAAACCAAUAAGUUAUUGAAGAAUCUUAAAAAUGCCUCUGUGAAAACGAAUCAAAAGAUGAUUGAAGCAAUUUGCUCUGUAUGGGUGAAUGAUUGCUCUCAAUUAUUUGAAUUAGAAGAUUGGACUGUGAGCACUCUCAAUGAAGAUACAGUCAAGAAACAAGGGGACGGAUCUACGUAUACAAAACUCAUGAACAUAAUAGAGUACUAUCAAUUGUUUAUUUUAAUCAAGUUGGCAGAUCUCACAUUCAAUAAGGAUGAAACCAAUGGAGAUUUCAGGAUAGUUCAAUCAUAUCCUAGUAAGAGAAUGUUGGUCAGUAUCGAAAUCCAGUUUAUGAGAAGUUUGAAUAUUAUUGUGGAUUCGGUAAUGAAGAAGUACAACAUGGAACGAAUGAAUGAUUCUGACUUUGUGGUAAGUGAUAAUGAAACUUAUAAAGUACUAACGAUGAAUAAUUUUGAUAAAUUAUCAAGAAUAACGUACCCUAGAUUGAUCAAAAAGUUUGAUCAAUUGUUCAGUAAGGAUCUACUGACUCAGAAACUAAAGCUUUUUGCAGACAUCGAUAAGGCAAGUUUCACUAUUUUUGAAGAUGUAUUAAACCGUGAGAAGAUGUGGAUUGCUAACCAAGUCAACAAAUUUUUCCAUUCUCACAUUAGCAAUGUAGAUGGAAGGGUCACUGAAUUACGUAUUGAUGGUUUCAUCUAUGAGAUUUUAAUUCAUUUUGUGAGAUUGAUAAACAAGGUGAAACCAGUCACAGGCAAAGAUAUUUUUAUCAAUAUUAUCAACGAACUUCAAUCCAAUUUAUUGAAGAACAUAUUAGAUAACUUGCGUAUGUGCGAUACAUUUUCAUCAUUAUCGAUGAUCAACUUGAAAUUGGAUGUGAACUUUAUCUUGGAGAUUUUCGAAAACUCCAAGACCUUGAAGUUCAACGAUUCGACCUAUAAGUUAUUGCAGGUGCUCCUCAAUGCAAUCGAAGAGAAAUAUAAUGGUGCAGAAGAGAGGUACAACUACUCACAGAGCGACUUUGCUUACAUAUUAAACCAGAAUUUGGCCAAUUCUGCCAAUGAAUUUGACUGUUUCUAG